AUGUUAAAACGAAAAGUAAAAACAAACUUCAACAUUGUGAAAGUAGCACCUAUUGAUAGCUCAAUGGAGCAGAACAAUAAAAACAUUAAAGGGACGAAUUCUUCACCUACAAAAAGUGAAGAUGAUGUAACUAGAAAGUCGAUUUUUACCGAAUUUGCUGAAACCACCACUGCUCAUGGCUUCUCCAAUAUAGUGCUAACAGGUGCGCUUUCAAUCAAGACUAUUUGGAUUUUUGUCAUUAUUGGAUGUCAGAUUGGUUUAUUGUUUCAAGUCAUUCCUCUUGUUACUACGUACUUAAACAAGCCAGUCAGUCAAACUUUAACAAUGAAACAAUUUGAGAAUCUCACCUUUCCAGUCGUCACCAUUUGCAAUUCAAAUAUGGUCAAGUUUUCAAUGUAUUAUAAUAUAUCCUUUGAUGCUAACGAAACUUCUUCUUCUGAAUACGAUUCUUCUGAGACUGAAAUGGAGACGGACUCGGAGUUCUUAGCUACUAGCACAAGGGAUGAUACCUUUCAUAAGGAAAUGGCUAUUCUUGCUUUAUCUGAAGGCGAAGGAAUAUCCAAAUAUGGCCACGCUUUUGAUGAUAUGGUAAUAAAAUGCAAAUGGAAAAAAAUUUACAAUUGCAACAAAAGAAAAUUCUGGCGUCACUUUUGGCACUGGCGACAUGGGAAUUGUUUUUCUUUCAACACUGGUAAUAUAUCACGACAAGUAACUAAAGCCGGUGCCUAUGAAGGACUUUCUCUGAAGAUAAAUUUGCAGGAAGAUGAAUUUCUUAGCAACACGGAAUCUGCUGGAUUAAUCCUCCACGUGGGAGAAAAAGGUAGAUACAUUGACUUAGAGUCAGAGGGAUAUAAUAUUUCUCCUGGUUCCGUGUACUCUGCUAUAAUUCACCAAACGCAAACGCGAAGAGUCGAUCCAUUUAACAACUUAAGCUGUAUACCUCAUUAUAGCAUGAAUCUAGGUGAAUUUCCGAAUGGCAUACGCGAUGUUGAUAAAUAUUCUACUGAGUUGUGCUUUAAAGUUUGUGCGUCAAAAGAAAUGAUAAGACAGUGUAAUUGUACAAGUUAUACCGUCCCUUCUCUUUCCAGCUUAAAUAUUUGUAAUAGCUCGCACGAGACUCAAUGCGCAACUGAGAUUCAAAAAGCUGUGACUAAUAAAUCCAUGACAUGCGCUAAAGACUGCAGGUUACCAUGUGAACAUAUGUCUUUUACACUUGACAUCACUGGAAGCCGUUACUCAAAACAGGUAUUUCAGAAAGCGGAUACGUUGAGCAUAAAUAUGAACUUUAACAAAUUUGAAUUGUUCGUUGUAGAAGAAAAUGUGCCUUAUAAAAUUGAGAAUUUACUUUCUGAUAUCGGAGGUCAGCUCGGCUUAUGGUCAGGAUUUUCUGUUGUGACAUGUGUUGAGGUUAUAUUUCUUUUUGUUCAUGCAUUUGACGCGUUCAUAAAGAAGUGCAGGAGUUUGUUAUCGCAAGAAUUUAUUUUGACUCUAGAAGGUUGUGCUUAUAUCUCGGAGAUCGCACUUUAUAACCUGUCCCCAUUACAAAGGAGUGUACAUAAGGGCCAAAAAUCAGGAGAUUUAGCUAUACCUCUACCUCCCUCUGAGUUAAAAGAGUUAAUAUUCCGUUGUUGUGGUCAGGAUAGCAGCACCACAGUGUUAACGCAGGUAAAUACAACUAUGCAAGUAAGACUCUAG